AAUUGUUUUUGUUUUGCGGUUCUCCACAUAUUGUCGUUUUUUUUCUGCCCACGAAUAUGCCGCUAGCUAUUGAUAGUUCUAGUCGUAUGCUUAGCUGGCUAUAGCCCCAACCAUACGCAUACUUGCACAUCUGCUCCAUUUUUUUUAACAAAGCCAUAACUUUGACGACGUUGAAUCCGUAGAUUUUGAUAAGUGUUGAUGAAUAAUGUGCUGGAGGAUGUGGAAUAAGGAUGUGUCAUCAUUAGCGACGAUUACAUAGUGGAGGGGUUUACAUCACAGAAGGCUGUCCAAUGAAGUGAGAUACGCACGAGGAGUAUACAUAGACCAUCAGUAAACGACAGCAGAGCGUAUCGAUUCGGUGUUCCAAUCGACCGAUAAGAGAAAACCAAAAAUGUUUAUCUGGGAUAUAUUCUGGACCGACAUAUGUCCAACUGGACUGAGGCCUUGGGUGCAGAGCAACAGUGAUCUAGCACCAUGCUUCCAGGAGCUCGUACUGCAGCUGCCCAUCCUCGCACUAUUUGCCACCUUUUCAUCGUACUUCUACGGAACUCAUUGGCGUACGGUUUCCCGGAAUGACACUCAACUACGGGCCUUACGGGUGCGCAUUUUUGCAUCGCUAGGUUUGACCAUCAUACCGGCCUUAAAGGUGUUGUACAUUUUCCGCCUUCACGAGGAACUGUAUCCGGUGGACAUAUUGCUCGCCUGCGUGCAGCUCGUAGCCUGGCCAAUCCAUUGCUGCUUUUUACUAUCUUCCAUGAGGAAAGGUUCGCUCAGUCAUCGUGGCCCGCUAGUGCUGAUAGUUUUAUGGACUUCGCUGUUUGCAUUAUGCGCCAUCUGGCUACACACAAAUCUACACACCGAGUAUUGGCCAUGGUACGCGGCACAUUUAGCGGUAUACCUCUGUUAUGGUGCAACGCUUGUUUCUCCCGGACAUGCUCACUACGUGCGUCUUCGAAGGACGGAUCAUGAGGAGCGGCAAGCGCUACUGUCCCAAUCGUACACCCGUUUCUUCGAGGAUCUUGAGGAAACGGCGCUUGGCCCAAUCGAAGACGACGCAAAUAUGCUUUCGAAAAUUGUAUUCUAUUGGGUUCGGCCGCUAAUCGCUAAAGGCGUGAGUGGCAAAUUAAAACGAAGUGACGACCUGUUUGAUCUGCCCGAAGCGCUAACAUUGCAUCGAGUUACGGAGAAACUUCAGCUGGCACUCAGCACAACGACCUCCUUGCUGAAAGCGCUGCACAAGUGUUUCGGAUGGGAGUUUUAUAUGAUUGGCCUGUUGCGACUGCUAGGAGAUCUGUCCGGAUUUGCCGGUCCCAUCCUGCUUGGUGGUCUGCUGCGUACGGAGGAUAUUGGUAACGGCACAACACUCACCGAUCCGGCAGACCCGAACAGACCGAUCGAUUUUCGUGCAUACUACUAUGCUCUCGCCUUACUUACAUCGGCUGUGAUUAGCGCAUUCGCGGCAGUACACUUUAACUGGCGCAUGACGUUCGUAAGCAGCAAAAUGCGAAUGUCCAUCGUGACGGCGAUCUAUCAAAAAUCGCUUUCCGCAAAGCAACUGCAAACAGCGCGCCCCGAAAUACUAAACCUAAUGUCCACCGACACGGAUCGCAUCGUAAACUCGUGCAUCAGCUUUCACUCGUUUUGGAGCAUCCCCUUCCAGCUGUUCACCACGCUCUAUCUGCUCUACACGCAGCUCGGUGUCGCAUUUAUGGCCGGCGUUCUGUUUGCGGUGCUGCUCAUUCCGAUCAAUCGAAAGAUCGCCCAGAAAAUCGGGCAACUUUCCCAGGGGCUGAUGUCAGCGAAAGACAGUCGCGUUACAAUCACCACGGAAACCAUCAGUGGAGCCAAAGAUAUCAAAUUGAACGCCUGGGAGGAUGUCUUUAUCGGUAAGAUCCAGAGCAAGCGAAAGGAGGAAAUGCGCUUCCUAGGGAAGCGGAAAUAUCUGGACGCGCUAUGCGUGUACUUUUGGGCCACGACUCCGGUGCUGAUGUGCCUGUUCACCUUCGGUACCUCGAUUCUGCUCGGAAAACCCUUAACAGCGGCCACUACCUACACCAGCGUAGCAUUGCUGAACAUGUUGAUCGGCCCGUUAAAUGCGUUUCCCUGGGUACUGAAUGGUUUAACCGAAGCGUGGGUAUCGCUGAAGCGCGUGCAAGAACUUCUCGAUCUACCGGAUGUCAAUCUGCAGGAGUAUUAUCGCCCGUUAAGUGCUUUCGAUGCAUCCUACUCCAAUUCUUCGAAGCGUCCCGUCGUGCUGGCAAUCAAAGAUGGUAGCUUCGAGUUCGAAACCAAACGCAGUCGCAAUGAUUUGAAGCUGGUGCAGGAAGACAUAAUUGACUUUGCGUUCCGCGACCUAACACUGCAGGUGCGCCAAGGAGAGCUCGUUUGCCUGGAAGGUCCAGUUGGUGGGGGCAAAUCCUCACUGCUGCAGGUAAUAAUGGGCUACUUUCAGUGCACGGCCGGUGCCGUUGCAAUAUCGACAAAUGUAAACGAAGGCUUUGGGUACGUGGCUCAGACGGCAUGGCUGCAGCAAGGCACCAUUCGGGACAAUAUUCUGUGGGGCGAAAUUUACGACGAAUCACGCUACAAAGCUGUCAUUCAUGCCUGCGCAUUGCAGUACGAUCUUAACGCAUUGCGCGGCGAUAGCACCGGUGUUGGUGAGCAAGGUCGUACUCUAUCCGGAGGCCAAAAAGCACGAGUAGCGCUAGCACGUGCAGUCUACCAGAACAAGAGCAUUUAUCUGCUGGAUGAUAUCCUGUCAGCGUUAGAUGCACAUGUUGCCUCACACAUCAUUCGGCACUGCUUGUUUGGGUUACUAAAGGACAAAACGCGCAUCGUUGUAACCCAACACGCGAUGGUGCUAAAUCGAGCUACGCAAAUCCUGCACGUGGAAGCCGGUCAAGUUUCGCAAAGCGACGCACCCAACGUUGGUUCUCUGCUGAGCGAAUAUGAUGAUUACGAUGAGGAUACUAGUGCCACACUGUCCAUAGCCAACGACUCUACACCUUAUGCAACGGUAGUACGCAAUGAGGGCGACCAGCGAAGCAAUGAUAGCGUGCUAAUGGAGGAAUCGCGAGAAUUCGGCCAUCUUGACCGCACAGUUCUCGGAGCAUACUGGCAAGCUACGGGACGUAGUCUUGGAUUUUGGGUCGUCGUUGCCGUGCUCAUGAUGCAAAUCUCUCGCAAUCUUACCGAUGCGUGGCUAGCGUACUGGGUCGGGACGAUCAACCAAGCUCCCCAAAAUGGUACAGCGUUUGUGGAUAAUCCUACCGUGCUUGAACAAAAAGCAUCAGAAGGAGUGCUUGCAAUGGUCGAUCACCUGCUUGCACCAGCCUUUACCGACGGAAGUAAUGGCACAUCGCCAUCCUUCUAUUAUUUAGGGAUCUAUGCAACUUUAGCCAUCACCAACAGUCUGCUUACGCUGCUGAGAGCGUUCCUGUUUGCGUACGCUGGUUUAAAAGCUGCCAAAUGCAUACACGAUCGCUUGCUGAACAGCGUGCUUUACACCAAACUGCAGUUCUUCGACGUUGUUCCUCUGGGAAGAAUUCUCAACCGUUUCUCAUCCGACGUCUACACCGUAGACGAUACGCUUCCAUUCAUAAUGAACAUUCUUUUGGCCCAAUUUUUUGGACUGCUGGGAGCCCUCUUGAUAAGCCUGUAUGCCAUGCCCUGGCUGGGGCUAUUGAUUGUGCCUCUCGUUCCAAUAUAUCUUUCACUGCAAAACAAGUAUCGUUAUGCUUCACGUGAUAUAAAACGCCUUUCGAGCAACGCCCUGUCGCCCCUGUACGCUCACUUUACUGAAACAUUGCAAGGACUGACUACGAUUCGUGCAUUACGCGGCGAGAAGCGAUUCCAGCGAGAUUUUCUAUACAAACUGGGCGAAAGCAUCAAAGCGCAACUAUCCGCCGCUGCCACACAACAAUGGUUGGGACUGCGAUUGCAAUUGUUGGGCGCCUUUCUCGUCGGCGGAUCCGGCUUGCUAGCGGCAAUAACAUCUGCUCAUACGACCUCUCCCGAGCUAGUGGGACUGGCCAUCUCAUACGCAUUGUCCAUCACUGGGUUACUGUCCGGGUUGCUGUAUGCAGUAGCCGAAACGGAGCAGGAGCUUGUCGCUGUCGAGCGUAUCAAUCAGUACUGCCAGCUGGAACCGGAAGUAAACGCAGAUGGAUCUGCCGAUCCGCCAUUCGGUUGGCCCUCCCAGGGAGUGGUCGUUUUUGACAAUGUACAUAUGCGCUACCGUGAGCACUUGACUUACUCCAUACGAUCGAUCAACAUGAACGUAAAGCCAUGCGAACGCAUCAGCAUUGUUGGGCGAACUGGUUCGGGAAAAACGUCCGUGAUGGCUUCACUGCUGCGGGUGGCACCCUUGGACAAAGGAACCAUAACAGUGGACUUUGUAAAUAUAUCUACCUUGCCCUUGGACGUUUUGCGCAGCCGAAUCGCGCUGAUUUCCCAAGAUCCCUUCCUGUUCAACGGUACAAUCCGAGAUAAUCUCGAUCCGCGCGCCGUACACAUCGAUUCCGAAAUUUGGGAAGCCAUCACCUGCUGCUUGGCGAGUCCCCUGGUGCAAGCACUCGGGGGUUUGUACGCUCAGCUGGACGUUAGUGGAGCCAACCUUUCCGCAGGGCAAAAACAAUUGCUCUGCCUCACCCGAGCCCUGCUCAAAAAAUCGAAAAUCGUGUUGAUCGAUGAAGGUACAUCCAAUCUUGAUUUUGAGUCAGAAUCUGCUGUUCAGUUGGUUCUCAAAAACGCGUUCCGUGGCCGUACGGUAAUCGUGGUAGCCCAUCGUUUGAGAGGAAUUCUCGACACCGACCAAGUGUUUGUCAUGCAGGAUGGCAAUAUCGUAGAACAGGGAGCGCCUCGUGAUCUUGCCGAUCAACCAAACUCUUUGUUAUAUGCUUUACUGCAAGAGCAGCAAAACUCCUAGUUAAGCAUACCGCCAAGAGCGAGAUAGUCCUAGCAACUACAAAAAAAGUUCAAUAUAAGAUAAAUUGCAACAAGUAAACGCAUUACUUCGUAUCCAGCGUAUUCCUUUUAAACAGAUUAAACUGUACUUUCAGUUAAAAUACUUUACGUUUUAGUACCUAUAAUUUUACGAUAAUAAAAAAAAAACACUGAGCGGUCAUGUUCCUUC